CUGUUGUCAUUUCGGUUUCGGUUUUCGGUGCGCGAGGAACAGCUAGCUCCACUGAUACAAUGGCGGGCAAACGUGGUCUGGAUAUCAUCUUGAACAUAGCAGAGUAUGCACCCAGCAAGGGAGGCUUUGAUCGCGUUCUUAAAAUGAUUAAAAUCACAGGCGGUGGUGAAGGACGAGCUUUUGGGGAGUUUACUGUGGAAAAGGAGCACCUGAACCACGAGGGGACCUUGCAUGGCGGCCUGACAGCCACUAUUGUGGACAACAUUAGCACCUACGCGAUGAUGUCGAGAGGAAAACAUCCGGGCGUUACAGCCAAUCUGAAUGUCAGCUACCUGUCGGCCGCAAAGCUAGGAGAGGUUAUUGAAAUAGAUGCCAGAACUGUGCGUGCAGGUCGCAAAAUGGCUUACUUGGAUAUAUUCCUCAUGCGCAAAACGGAUAAAAGCAUUAUCGCCACCGGGCGGCAAGUCAAGUACAUUGAUUUUAAAUUUGAUUUUUAGAUCGCAAACAAAAGUCCAAUGUAUACGAAAUUUGAAUAAAAACAUUUGGCAACGUA